AUGAAGUCAACUUCGACACCAACAGUGCUUCAGGUUUGUGACAGCAACCAAGAGGUUCUACUUGCGACUGCCGUGAUUCAGCUUCGUAGUCAAUCGGGUACAACGAUUUUCGCUCGUGCACUGCUUGAUUCCGCCUCGCAGUUGCAUUUCAUAACUGAGCGCUUGGCUCAGUUACUUCGUGUACAUCGCAAAAAGGUUCCACUGGAAAUCAGUGGCAUAGGAUUAUGCGGAUCAAGGUCGCAGUUCCUAUGCAAGGUGGAGAUACGCUCUCAACACACAGCAUAUUCAUCGACCAUAGAUGCGGUCAUCAUGAACGCAAUAACGACAUGCCAACCGCGCACACCACUGAACACCAUCGCAUGGAACAUACCAAAGAACAUCAACUUGGCUGACGAUAAUUUCAACAAGCCAGGCCCAGUUGAUCUUCUGAUUGGAGCGAGCAUUUUUUAUGACUUGCUGUUGACUGGACAGAUCAAGUUGGGCGACAAUCUGCCUGUCCUUCAAAAAACUAAGGUUGGGUGGGUGGUCGCUGGAGCUGUCACAAUCCCACCACUUAUAUCUUCGGCGUCAUUGGUCGCAUCAUACACCACCUCAGUAGGCACCGACUGCAUACUAUCUAACGCAUGGCCAUCGCAAAUCUCCUUUGAUUCGAAGGUAACGGAAGCUUCGUCACUCACCUUGGAACCGUCACUUGAUCAGAUUUUGGAAAGGUUUCGGCUUAUCGAACACAAUCCACAUCAAACACCACCAAGUCUAACUGCUGAUGAAAUUGAGUGCGAAAAAUUCUUCGCAGAGACGACAAAGAGAUGCCCCAACACCAAUAAGUUCAUCGUUCGUUUGCCUUUUAAGGAAUCACCACAGUCAUUGGGCAGCUCGUAUGAUAUAGCACAAAAACGACUAGUGUCCAUCGAAAUCAAACUUCGUCGCAACAAAUGUCUCGAGCGAGACUACUAUUCCUUCAUGAAAGAAUACAUCGAGCUUCAUCACAUGAUUCGCAUACCUCACCCUGGUAGCUUCGUAAACUACAUACCACACCAUGCAGUCGUGAAGUUGGAUAGCAGCACCACCAAACUUCGCGUCGUGUUCGAUGCGUCGUGUAACGGCAAAUCACUCAACGACAUUCUUCGAGUUGGACCUACAGUGCAAGAUGAUUUGUUUUCAAUUCUCCUUAGAUUCAGAAGGCAUGUCUUUGUGCUGAUGGCUGACGUCGCAAAGAUGUAUAGACAAAUCAUCGUGGACAAGCAAGAUGCACAAUGGCAAUGCAUUUUGUGGCGCGAUGAGAUAACUGACCGCAUAAUCACAUACCAGUUACAAACAGUGACCUACGGUACGGCAUGUGCGCCCUACUUGGCCACAAAGUGUUUGCAGCAGCUGGCAUGCGAACACAUGUCAUCUCAUCCAAUCGGCGCUUACGCCGUCCAUAACGACUUUUAUGUAGACAACCUGAUGACGGGUGCCUCCACUAUUGAAGAAGUUGUCGAAAUUAAGAAGCAAGUCAUCGAGGUGCUGAACAAUGGGGGAUUUCCAUUGAGGAAGUUCUCAUCAAAUGAUACACGCAUAAUCGCAGACGUACCAGAAGCAGAUCGUGAAGACGUCAUACAGCUUGAUGACAUUGACUACAUAAAGGCACUGGGCCUUAUGUGGUCCCCAUCGCAAGAUAGUUUUUUGUUUCGCUACACACCACCACCACCAUCAUCGAAA